GCCGCGGCCCAGACCACGUAUCAAGUAUCAUACCGCCGCCGUAUAGUAUUUUUUUAAGGAUACCGCCUUAUAGUAAGGGAUACGGUUUCUAAAAAAAACGUAGGGGAUACGGAUCUACCUGUAUAUUAUACGUACAAAGGCCCACCUGCCAGACCCCUGAUCCCACCCGUCGCCGUCUUCGACUCUCCGCAAUCUCGGCGAGUCCUCAGCUUCCUUCGAUUUUUGCUCCCGCGCCAACUCGCCAUCUCGCCGAGUCGCCGACGCCGACGUCCACCGACCCGGCGGAAAUCGUUGAAGGUCCGCAUCUGUUCUUGUUCCUUCGGUUCGCAUCUGUUCUCGUUCCUUUCGGUUCGCAUCUGUUCUUGUUCCUCCGGUUUCUUUUUCUUUGGUUCUCGUUUGCGACCCCGCCGUACACAUGGCCGAAUCCGCGAUUGCUCCGCCGCCGCUGAAUCCUAUCUCGCAGGGUUUGGUUCCAACACCAUCACCACCAGCCGCUUGCAGCCGACCCUUCCGUACCCCUGCUUCGCUGCUGAGCUCCACCUCGCCGGGUUUGUUGCCAACCCCACCGGCGACUCGCCGACUGGUGAGCACCGCUGCUUUUCCCUCCGUGCCAGGCCGCGCAUCCGCCAGCGGAAGUUGGAUCAGAGACAAAUCAGCGCUCGCCGCACUGCCCACCAAGAUCAAAACAACAGGCAAGAUUCCGGGACGUGCAUCUCUCAGUGAGAAUUGGGUUAGAGAUAAGCUACUGGCUACUGCCAGUACAGUAUCGGCUACUGUACCAGCGCCCACGGCCAAUCUUGCCAUUGGAUCAUCCACGACCAAUCUCCCUGUCAAGCGCAUUGGAGUCGACUGUGGAGUGUCGUCGGCUGACAACUCCUUCAAGAAGCCAAGGUAUGAGUUCUUGUCAGAGGAUUCGGGCUCUGAAUCGGAGCCCGAGGACUCGCUCUAUGCUGGUCCGGCUUUUCUAACAGCGCCUCAUCCGAGUUGUCUUCCAAAACCCAUCUAUCUUAUGCGUUCCAAUGCCAAUCUAUCUUAUUAGGUUUUGAUAUGUCAUGAGUAAUAACUCUUUUAAUGCCAAUUCAUCUUAUUUAGAUUUUGUUAUAUUAUAAGUAGCAACUUUAGGACAUGUUAUCUUCUUAUUGCAAUUAGUUUUAUAUCUUUAGAAUGAUAAAAUAAUUCUUUUUUUUUAAAAAAAAUAGUUUUCUCAUGGAAUUUCAUAAGUAUCCUUGUUUUUUAUCUUAUUGAUAACUUUUUAUAUGGUUCAAUUCCAAUACUUUACAUUUCUAUUGGUGUCAUUAAUCUGCAAUUUAAUUUUCACCAAAUUCAGUUUUAUAGUAAACGAUACUACAAUUGCGAAAACAUUAAUUCUAAGACUAAUAUGCAAUUCGAUUUGUUUUUAGCUUUUUAAGUAUGAAAUAUGUAGUCAUCAAAACAUUGACUUUAAGAUUUUAUUCCGCAUUCAAUCUAUCUGUAUAUUGGCUUUUCAUUUUCUACAGCAUACUACAGCUAUUUUGUCAAAAAACAAUUGCUGCAUAUUCUUGUGGAGAUAUCUUUAUAGUUUGCAGGUAUUGCUUUUAAGGUGUUGCUCUGGUGAUGAGGCAGUCCUGGUUUCAUAGGCACCCCCAAUGUGCAGCCAAAUCAAGGAAAAUCAGGGAAGAGACGGAGAGCAGGAGGGAAACGACAAAGCCAUGCAGUCGUGUAACAGUCAUCUCCCCCAGUCCCAGUGGGAUCCGGCACCAAUGGCUGACGAGCCUUCCUGUAAUCAGCUGCAGCGGUGGUAUCGAUUUGGAAGACUUAUAGAUGAUCUAUUGAUGAAAUUUGAGAUUUUUUCUUUCUAGAUCACCAAUAGAAAAUGUAAGGAAAUGGGUCUAUGAAUGUUCAAGUAGAUGAUCAUGUGUGAAGCAUUUGCUUUUCAUAGUAAAAACAGGCAGUAUAUGUGGUCAUUGUUGUCUGCUCUAAAGAAAAGAUAUAGUAAUACAAUCAUUGAUGUCACACCAUUCUUUCUAUGUGAUGUAUAUACCUGAUUCUGCUAGUCCAAAUGACAAUAUUUGAAUACUCAUGUCAAGGGCGCCGAACCCUUGGCUCGCCGGACCGCGGCUACGCAGUUCGUAGCCGUCGGCCGUCUUCUCCGGCGGGGUUAUGCCCCCCUGCCGCAGGCUUAGCAAAACAGAAGAGAGUAGGAAUAGGAUAAUUUCUUGCUUGCUUCAUUCUCUACUGAUUACAUGUAUAUAUGGCCAAUGGCCCAACCAAUAUAAGGAAACUCUCCUUAAUUCUAGGAAUUGCCAAAACUCCUUAAUUCUAGGAAUUGCCAAAACAGCCUGCUAAUCUAUUCCUUGAUUCUAGCCACUAGAAGUUGGUAGGGUCGGAGCGCUUGGGGGGCAGACCAACGGGGUCCGCGAAGAGCCCCCCGAACACAUGCAGCAGCGCGACCAGCAGGGGUCCGGCCUCCGAAGUCGCGCACAACACUGGAACGGACGGGCAGGCCACGCCAGUCCAGGAGAUUGGGCGUCCGUGUCGCUGGAAGGACAUGCGCCGGCUUUCCAGGUCCCAAACGAUGGGUCCCAACGCGCCGAGCCACCGGGUGCCGAGGACGACGUCGUACCCGGCCAGGGGCAUGACGAAGAGGUCGGCUGGGAACGCCUCGCCAUCGAUGAGCAAGGGCGCGUCGUGGAUGAUGCCCUCACAGGUGGCGCGCUCGUCGUUCGCGACCAAGGCGGUGAGGCGUGGGCGUUAGCGAAGAGGAAGACCCGAGCGCCGCGCCACCUCCUCCGAUAUGAAGUUGUGCGUGCUGCCGGAGUCGAGGAGGGCGCCGAAGGCUGCGGCGCCGAGGGCCACGCGGAGCUGCAUGGUGCCCGCCACGGGAACACCAGCCACGGCCUGCAGGGAGAAGCAGGCGCCUCGGCGUCGGGCUCGGCAGCCCCUGCGUCGUCCGCGGCGUCGUCAAUCUCGACGCCGUCCAGGAAGAAGAUGCGCCUGCAAAAGCGAUUGUGGCCACGAGAAUAUUUCUCGUUACAAUUAAAACAGAGGCCGAGACGGCGCCGUUCCGCCCAUCUCCUCUGGAGUGAGGCGGCGAUGAUUGCCGUCGCCACGGGCCGGCUGGGCGGUCGUCGAGGGUGCAGUCAGCGCCAAUGGCUGCUGGGGUGGUGGCAGAGCGGCCCGGGGGCGGGCGCUGGAAGGAGACCCCGCGCGGGCGCCCUGGGAGGAGGUGUUGCCAGCCGAUUAGCCUCCAUCAAUUCCACCUGCCGCGCGAGACUCAUGGCGGCCGCUAGCGACGUCGGGUUGUGGAUGCGGACGUCGUGGGUGAGGGGCGGUAGGAGACCGCCGGUGAAGAGUUGGACCCGCUGUGCUUCGUCCAGGCGACCCGCACGUGGCAGGAGGGCUUGGAACCGAUUGGAGUAUUCCUCCACGGUGCCGGUCCUCCGGCACUCCGCCAACUCGAACAGGGGAGCCGAUCGGAGUGGAGGGCCAAAUCGCAGGUUGAGGAGGUCCUUGAAGUGCCCCCAUGUCGGUGUGCCCUCGUCCUCCUAGAGUUGGACGUACCAGAGCUGCGCGACGUCCUCCAGAUGGUAAGAGGCCAUCCACACCCGCUCCUCGGCCAUGGUGCACUGUUGACGGAAGUACGGAAGUACGAGUCGCACUUGUUGAGGAAGGCCAUCGGAUCAGACUUGCCGUCGUAGCGGGGAAAGUCCAAUUUCUGGAACUUGGGGGGCGAUCAAGAUCGCGCGUACCCUCCAAGCGGCCGCCGCUGUCCGACGAGGAGGCUGACUUUUCCUUCAGGGCGGCCAUGUCCGCCUUCAUGGUAGUCAUCUCGGCUGGCGUCAGCGCGGUAGAGCUGGUGGCAGAAUGGGGCGAGGGUGGUGGGCUAGUGUGGUGGGCGGCUGCUGUGGAGGAUUGAGCGGAGCGACAAGGCGAGGAUCGACGUGACCGUGAUACCAGGUUGUCAAGGGCGCCGAACCCUUGGCUCGCCGGACCGCGGCUACGCGUAGCCGUCGGCCGUCUUCUCCGGCGGGGUUAUGCCCCCCUGCCGCAGGCUUAGCAGAACAGAAGAGAUGAGGAAUAGGAUAAUUUCUUGCUUGCUUCAUUCUCUACUGAUUACAUGUAUAUAUGGCCAAUGGCCCAACCAAUCUAAGGAAACUCUCCUUAAUUCUAGGAAUUGCCAAAACUCCUUAAUUCUAGGAAUUGCCAAAACAGCCUGCUAAUCUAUUCCUUGAUUCUAGCCACUAGAAGUUGCCCCUUCGGGCCCUGGCUCUGCGCGCCCAGCACGCUCAGCCGCGCGGCAUAUGUCGCGGGCGCGCCUGCGCCUGACAUAUGUGCGACCGCACAUGACAACUCAUGUUUAUUUCAUGUUUCUUACGAUUUAUUGCAUCACUCAUUUGGAUAUGAAAUAAACUACACAGGAUGUUUCCAUUUCAUAAACUCCGUAUACCAAUAAUCAGCUCAAGGAGAGCAGCGCCAGUGUCAUGCUCUGUUUCUACUACAAUAAUUCCUUCUUGUCGAUGGUGCUCAUCAAUGCCAUGAAGAAGGAUGGUUGUGCAGUCACAUCAACAGGCAGAACUAGAUUUGCAUUAGCAAGGUUGGAGCACUUGUCAAGUGGAAAGGAAAGGACUUGUGUAUCUAUGUCGAAUUGUCGAUGACUAAAGACGGGUGGAGAUGGUGUUCAGUGUUUGUCGACCUCAUAUUUUUACUUGAACUUUUGGAAGUGAUUGAACUAAUUUUAGAUGCAUUAAUAGCAUUGAUAUGAGAUUGUAAAGUAGGUUAAUUUACUAAAUAUUCAUCAAAUGUUUGCUUUUAUUGUUCUUUGAAUUUUGUAAGUUUGGAAUUAUUUUGAGACAUGCAGAUACUUUUUCUGCCCAUUCGCUUGUCUUAUAAGCCGUAUUUUUUCUACAGUGUUUUUCUCUCACGACAAAUCAGCGAACAGUAUUUUUAGUCAUGACUUUUCAUACCAGCGAACAAGAGUGCCUACUUUUAUUUUCUUGCAUGCAGGAUUCAGUUGGUCAUUGUUCUUUUUGUGCUCGAAAAGUAAAUAAUUAGCCGCAGGUGUCGGCAACCUGCUUGGUUGUUUACCACAAAGCACAUUAACCAGGAGGACAUUGCAGCAACAGCAGCACACCGCAAACUAGCGGUACCAAACGCAGACAGGGGACGGGGGAAUGGUUGCGUCGGUACCCCGGGCUAGUCUGGCUCU